AUGCCUCUCAUGUCUGAGCCAUCAGAGACCUCUCCGCUUCUCGCGAACUCGGAACAACCUCACGAACCUGACACAAAUAAUCAGGAACUAUGUGAUGUUCCAAUGGACGAUUCACUCGACACAGCGCCAUCAGUGCCGGCCCUGCCCAAGGUUGACACCAACAUCUCAUGGCCAACUCCCGCCGGUCUCCCACCGCGGGGUCCCAAUGAUGAGAACCUCGUCAUCUUUCGUCGAGCCCUGGGCAUCAACUCCCACCUCUCAACCUCUACUGAAGGUGGCACCCUCGAGCAGGGCCGAAAAGCCGCGGUCGGCGUCUAUCGAGCCGUCCUCCACGAACAAACAACGAAGAAGCGGCAGCACCGCAUCGUCGGCGUUCUAAUAUACCUCUGCUACUUCGCCCAGAUCGUCAUUGGCGCCGUGCUAACGGCACUGGGCCCAGCAGCCGCGCAUCAUGCCUUGACGAUAACCAUUCUCGGCGCUGUUAAUACCAUCAUCGCAGGAGUCUUGGCCCUUAUGAAGGGACAAGGCCUUCCGGAGCGUUUGCGUAAAGACGAGAUUGAGUUCCGCAAGUUGCAAGAUUGGAUAGAGGAAACCGAGUCUCUUCUCGCAGUUGGCAUCAUCGGACGAGACAGGAAGGAGGUUGGUUUUCUUGUUGAGGUGGCUUUCAAAAAAUAUAAUGCAGCAAAAGCCAGCGAGGAGAACAACAAACCCGACAACUAUGUCCGGCAAACACCAGAGGCGAACAGUCGCCCAAAUUCGGCAGCAAGUGAGAACAGUACCGGGAAUGCCAUUGUCAGACUGAAUGUGAAGUAA